UCUGUGCUUCUCGCUGUCAUCCUCUGCGUCUCGAGUUUUGACUCAUCCGCAACUGUACCUGACACCGUCCAGGGCCGCUCCGAUCAGUUCGCGUUACCGCCGGCUCUCUUUUACUGUACAGAAAUAUGCCUUCUCAGAAGGUUGAAACUGGUCAUCAAGACACGGUUCAUGAUGUGGCAAUGGAUUACUAUGGUAAACGGCUGGCUACAGCCUCAUCUGACCACACCAUUAAGAUAAUUGGGGUGAGCAACACAGCCUCUCAACAUCUAGCAACCCUGACUGGACAUCAAGGGCCUGUAUGGCAGGUAGUAUGGGCUCACCCUAAAUUUGGGUCUCUUCUUGCUUCGUGUUCUUAUGAUGGUCGUGUCAUUAUAUGGAAGGAGGGCAAUCCAAAUGAAUGGACUCAAGCUCAUGUGUUUGAUGACCACAAGUCAUCAGUUAAUUCAGUUUCUUGGGCGCCUCAUGAGUUAGGUCUUUGCUUGGCUUGUGGUUCAUCUGAUGGUAACAUCUCUGUUUUCACUGCAAGAGCAGAUGGUGGCUGGGACACUUCAAGAAUUGAUCAAGCUCAUCCUGUUGGCGUUACAUCUGUUUCAUGGGCCCCCUCAACAGCACCUGGUGCUAUUGUUGGCACUGGCUUGCUUGACCCUGUACAGAAGCUAUGCUCUGGUGGCUGUGAUAAUACUGUAAAGGUAUGGAAACUCUACAAUGGCGUUUGGAAGAUGGACUGCUUUCCUGCUCUUCAGAUGCAUACAGAUUGGGUACGAGAUGUUGCUUGGGCACCAAAUUUGGGGCUUCCUAAAUCUACAAUUGCUAGUGCAUCACAAGAUGGUAAAGUCAUUAUAUGGACAGUGGCGAGGGAGGGAGAUCAGUGGGAAGGCAAGGUUUUAUAUGAUUUCAAGACCCCAGUUUGGAGGGUAUCAUGGUCAUUGACUGGAAAUAUAUUGGCUGUGGCCGAUGGGAACAAUAAUGUGACAUUAUGGAAGGAAGCAGUAGACGGGGAGUGGCAACAGGUGACGACAGUGGAGCCGUAGAAUCGUAAUUUUGAAGUCUUGUUGAUUUGGGAUAAUGAGAAAAAACGGCACUUGCCUGCAAUUUUGCCGUCUCAACUUUCUCUGCAUGUUGGACUGAGUUCAAAAGAAGUUGGCGAAUGGUUUCCUUAAUUAUAAUGAAAUUCAGCUUAUGAUUUCUGCAUGUGAUUCUUCGACUGGAAGUCUCAUGAUUGUUUGAGUUUUUUAAAUGUGCAUGAAGCUAAUUUCAUUGCUGUAUGCCAAGUUUUGGAAUAUGAGACAUAGAAUGAAGAAUAAGUUCUCUACACCGCAUGGACCUCAAGGGUGACUUUCCAUUAUGUUUUAAUUCUAACGGAUCGUUUGCUUU